AUGCAGCCGGAGGAUGCGAGGAAGGAGAUCAACCGGUGGGUCGCCAAGGCCACGAAGAAGCUCAUCACCUCCGUCCUACCACGGGGCUCAGUGCACGGCCACACCAGGCUCGUGCUUACCAAUGCCAUCUACAUCAAGGGCAAGUGGGAGAACGCCUUCAGCAAGAGCCGCACCAAAGACGACACGUUCCACCGCCUCGACGGCAGCACCGUCCGCGUGCCCUUCAUGGACGGAAACGGACGCGACAAGUACCUGGUGUCCACAUUUGACGGGUUCAAGGUGCUUAAGCUCCCCUACAAGAAGGCGGCCAACAACGGCGCCACUUAUUCGAUGUGUGUCUUCCUCCCGACCGCGCGAGACGGGCUGCGUAGCCUUGCCGACGAGAUGGCGACCGGCGGGCCAAGCUUCCUGUUCGACCACCUGCCGACUCAGUCUAGGAGCGUGACCAAGCUCCGGCUACCCAAGUUCAAGCUGUCCUUCUUCUGUAGCAUGAAGAAAGUUCUCGAGAGCUUGGGGCUCCGGGCGGCGUUCAGCGGGGAGGCCGAUCUGUCUGACAUGGUGGACAAGGACUCGGCCGGAAACGACGUGCCGCUGCGGGUAGAGGAUGUGUUUCACAGGGCGGUUGUGGAAGUGAACGAGGAAGGCACCGAGGCGGCUGCAUUCACCGCCGUCAUGACCGUAUUAUAUUGUUGGACCCCUCCGUCCGUGCCUGUUGAUUUUGUAGCAGACCAUCCAUUUGCCUUCUACAUAGUUGAGGAGGUGUCCCGUGCGGUGGUCUUUGCCGGUCACGUCCUCGACCCUUCUGAAACCGAGUGA